AUGGUGAGCGAUCAAUAGGGAGUAAACAUGAACAGCUCAUCUGAAGUCGAGGACGGUCCGCGAGCUAAAUCUCAGACCUUCUGUGAACGUGCCCCCGGCUCAUCACAGCACAAGCACCGCUGGUCUGACUCGGACACGGUCAGGCAAACAACACCCAAGCAAAGGAUGAGCUGCAGCUAUCUUCUCUGCACCGUCCUCCUCUUCGUGGCCGUCAUUCUCGCCAUCACAGUAACAGGGACCAUCCUCUUCCUGAACCACUCCCAGGCCCCGUCUAUUUCCGACGGCCCUCCACACAUCACCACCAACCAGGACGAGGCCAACGCCCUGGUGACGGUCGAGAGGGGUGACGGCUCGCGCAUCAACAUCUUCAUCGACCCCAACUGCCCGGAUUACAACAGCAACUUCCUAAGACUGGAGGGGGUGCAGACGUCGCUGCUCCACUCGCUCACGGAUCACGACACGGACCUCAAGUCGGUUAAGGGCCAGGACCGCGCUCUGCUGGUCAACCUGGCCGAGGAGGUGGCAAAGCUCUCCGCACAUGCCGGCCAACUCAAGAUGGACUACGAGUCUUUAAGAAGAGGGCAGGGCCUCUUGGGACAGGACCUGAGCACCCUUCAGACAGAACAGGGGAAGCUUAUACAGCUGCUUUCGGAUAGCCAGCUUAACAUGGUGAAGGUGGUGAAUUCGGUCAGCGACGCUUUGAACUCCAUGCAGAAGGAAAACGGAGGACUGAGGGCUCGGGUAAAGGCCGAUCUGCAGAGAGCUCCUGUCAGAGGUUCUCGUCUCAAAGGCUGCGCUAACGGUUCUCGCCCACGUGACUGUUUCGACAUCCAUGCUAGCGGUCAGCGGGAAGACGGCAUCUACUCAGUGUUUCCUACUCAUUAUCCGGCAGGUUUUCAGGUCUACUGCGAUAUGAGCACUGGUGGAGGGGGCUGGACGGUGAUUCAGAGGCGUGAGGAUGGCUCUGUGAACUUUUUCAGGGAUUGGGACUCCUACAGAGAGGGAUUCGGCAAGAUCACUGGAGAACACUGGCUUGGUCUGAAGCAGAUCCACGCUCUGACGAUCCAGGCCAACUAUGAGUUGAGGAUAGAUCUGGAAGACUUUGAGAACAGCACGGCGUUUGCCCAUUACGACAUGUUCGGGGUCGGGUUGUUCUCGGUAGACCCCGAGGAUGAUGGCUACCCGCUGACCGUCGGGGAUUAUACCGGCACGGCAGGUGACUCCUUGCUGAAACACAACGGUAUGAAGUUCACCACCAAGGACCGAGACAACGACCACUCGGAGAACAACUGCGCGUCCUUCUACCACGGCGCCUGGUGGUACAACAGCUGCCACAUGUCCAACCUGAACGGCCAGUACCUACGCGGCCAGCACACCUCCUACGCCGACGGGAUCGAGUGGUCGUCCUGGACCGGUUGGCAGUACUCCCUCAAAUUUACCGAAAUGAAGAUACGACCCACGCGGGAGGAAAGAGAGAGCAAGUGAUCUAAACGCACAUGUGAAUGAAAUUAGGAGUUUAAAUGGAAGAUGUGUGACACUGACGUCAAGUGUCGUGGUUGAAAAUGAUAAGCACAGAGGUCCUGUUUAAAAAUGUAUGUAAGUAAGAUUGUACAUU